AUGGAAUUAGAAGAAGAAGGUAAAAUUGUUCACUGUUCUGGUAGAUCAGCUAGUGGUAUUGCAGUAAGGACUGCACAGAAGUGGGCUAAAAAUGUCAAAGAGUACAAAGACUGGAAUAUCUUUGAAAAGCAAACCAACAAUGUUAAUAGAUCAACAGGACAGCUUGAAGAGAGGCACAAAAUUUAUUUAGUUAACCUUUAUGAUGACGAAUCAGGUUUUGAUAUCAAUAUGAGACCUCCCGGAGGAGGGUCUGCUAAGGGCACACCAGCUAUCGUGAUCACGCCUACAAAAUAUGUUGUCUCAAUGGAACUUCGAGAUUUUGAAGAGCAUUCGUUUAAAGAGUUAAAGAUUGAUAUUAGCAAUUGCAAAAGAAAAACGCCACCAAAAAAUGAGUGUUCAAAGUUUUUGUACAAUGACGGAAAAGGAACUGUUGUUGGUGAGCUUGGCAGGCUCGAACCCAUGGAUGAUAUUGUUGACAAGGAGCAAUAUCGUCUUGAAGCAUUGAUUCCUUCUACACAGAAGUGUUUGCGCGCUUUUUGCUGGUGCAAAGCAGUUAGGAAUCUACGUUCAUACGGCACAAAGAUGGGUGAAACAGUACGAAAGAAAUCCUACUAA